AUGCUCGUCGGAACGCUUGGAAUAGCGAACUGCAUUGCCGGUCUGAUCGGAAAUACUCUGUGGUUUCUCUACUUGGUUGGAAGCUGGUUUUGUGCGACAGGUCAAGAGCGACAAGUUGACGGUAGUCAGGGGAGCAACCAGGGUGGAGUGAGUUGGCCACGAUGUCCUUUGCGUCCUUCGACCAGACUCUUCAUGAUUUCAAUGUUCAUCAACAACCUGAUCGGAUUGUACACCAGCAAUCUUCGCUAUUCCCUGUUUCUCCUGGUUACAAAAGAUGUAUGUUUUAUCGGGGGGUGUAUGGGCUGUCGUAUACACUUAUACAUAUCCGCCAUUACCACCGACCUGUCCACAUGGCACGUUGUCUGUCUGUGUUGUGAAAGAUUCUUCCUGGCACUGUUCCCCCAAUCCAACUAUGCACGCGACCGUGAACGCAUUCGAACGACUUUGCUUAUAAUUUUUGCAAUGUACAGUGGGAGCAUGUUGGCUGAGAUGAGCUAUCUGUUCCCACAGGAACUUGUAUGCCAUCCGACGUAUAGAAGCAUGUACUUGAGCGUGUUUAGAUUAUGCUUCGCUGCGAUUGUCCCUGGUCUAUUGAUCUUGACUACCACUAUUGGUGUUACUGUCAUUUUGUUCAAGAGAGCCAGGCAGAUGGAUCAGUCAAUCAAAGGAUGGUUGGCCAGUAACAAACUACCAGAGGGAGCUCUGGCCCUAAAUCUACUCUUGUUCAUAUCGGUCGUGGCUUCGUCCAUUCGGUUGGUUCUCUUGUUAGUUGUUUUGGUCAAUCCGAUGUCAUGCUCGCGCGUCACUGUCAAUGUUGAUGGAUUAGACGGGAGUUCUAUUUGCUCCUUUGCGAUCGUUUUCUACUGGACUGCCUGCUGUCUGUGCUCUCUCAUUCUAAUGGCUAGUUCCAAACGCAUACUGGACGAUACGGAGAAGAUAUUGCUUGUCAUAUCCUCCUACAUAACCAGAAGUCGAUCCGUUUGUACGCAGACGCCGUAG